UUCCUCUGACAACUGUCGCAAUAAGCUAAAGAGCAGUAACUUUACUAAAAUGAUCGAUGCUCUUCGUAACAUAAUGGUGCGUCCUUUCAAUAAGACAAACUUGUGUUGCAUUUUCAACAUAAGAAACUAUCUUUUUUAUAUACGAGAAGAACUCGUUAUUCAUCUCUGCUUUCUAUUCUCGUACAAGAUGCCCUACAACUGUGAUAUUUUAAACUUCAUUGAGUUGUAGUUAAUAUGACCAACUGCACUGCAAAAAUAAUCAUUCUGUGAUCAGUGUUCUUAAAACGAAAGUUGUAUGGAAUACGUGUUAUUAUUAUACAGUUAAAUUCAUAUCUGUGCAACAAGAGAGAUCACGAAUAUCAUCAGCACAGGGAAUGUAGUCACACUGUUUAGCGUAGUGGAACAGCUGACUAGUUGGAUAAUGAGUGGUGUGGCUCGCUGAGGAUCGAGUGUUUGCUUGGUGCAAGAGAGGUUGUGGUUUGUUGAAAGAAGUACUGUUGGAGCAAUAAGGAGAAGUUUUUCACAUCACAUUCAUCACAAUGGCGGGAGAAAAGCCGAAGACCAUUCCAAAUUCUAUUAAGUUUUUGUUUGGUGGACUCGCCGGCAUGGGAGCAACAUGUGUCGUCCAACCUCUUGAUUUGGUAAAGAACAGGAUGCAGUUAAGUGGUGAAGGAGGAAAGUCAAAAGAAUACAAAACAAGUUUUCAUGCAAUUCAGGGAAUAAUAAAAAAGGAAGGAAUUGUGGCCAUGUAUACAGGUCUAUCAGCUGGACUCCUUCGACAAGCUACGUAUACAACCACAAGACUUGGAAUAUACACUUGGCUCUUUGAAACAUUCUCAGGGACAGAUGGCAAGCCCCCAGGUUUCUUUGUAAAAGCAGCUCUGGGAAUGGCAGCUGGAGUAGUUGGUGCCUUUGUAGGAACACCUGCAGAAGUAGCAUUGAUCAGAAUGACAGCUGAUGGUCGAUUACCUCCAGCUGAACGACGGAACUACAAAAAUGUGUUCGACUCAUUAUUUAGAAUUGUAAAAGAAGAAGGAGUCCUCACACUUUGGCGAGGAGCAAUUCCAACCAUGGGCCGAGCCAUGGUGGUGAAUGCUGCUCAACUCGCAUCCUACUCGCAGGCCAAACAAUUCCUCCUAGAUACCAGUUACUUCAAGGAUAAUGUCUUCUGCCACUUUGUUAGCAGUAUGGUUUCUGGCCUUGUUACUACGGCUGCUUCUAUGCCAGUUGAUAUAGCAAAAACAAGAAUCCAGAAUAUGAAAACAGUUGAUGGGAAACCAGAAUAUACUGGUGCUGUUGAUGUACUAGCAAAGGUUGUACGCAAAGAGGGUUUCUUUGCCCUUUGGAAAGGAUUCACUCCAUACUAUGCUCGACUUGGGCCACAUACUGUUUUGACAUUCAUAUUCCUGGAACAGAUGAACUAUACAUACAAGAAAUAUGUUCUUCAGGACAAAAGUGGAAAAGGAGGUGGACUGUAAAUUAAUUAAACAAGAAGACUGCAGGUUGUUGUAUCCAUUGUCUGUUAUCAUAGAGCAUUGCUUAUCAUUUAAGAGAAGAAAAUAUAUUGUUCAUAAUAUUUGGUUAUAAAAUAUUUUAGCAUUUGGUUUUACUUCUUACUGUGUCAUGUUUUGUUUUUUGGUCGAUUGUUGUUUAAGUGUUAAACUUUUUUGUUACUCCAAUUUUAUCCUGAUUGAAAUUUUUGGAAUAUGGUAAUACUCAUAAUAUAUUUUAUAUUGCAUUUUACUACUGUGGCCUUCUUUUCUUUUAAAAUCACUUUUGAAUGGGAAUAUUUCAUAAAAGCACAUGUAAUCAGUGGUUUUAUAAAUCAUUCAUUAAUCAUCUUACCAUUUCAUGCUAUAUAGUCUGAGGUACUGAUAGCAUUAUUAAAUAAAACACAAAUAAAUAAAACCGGUAUGCAGAGAGCAUCAAUAAUAGCAAAAUCAUAUGUAUUUGUAAAUUGUGCCAUUGUAACUUUAUAAUGAUUAAAAGCUCAUAGAGUCUUUAUCUGAGCCUUGGAUGGUUGAAUAACAUUGUCUGUGUAACAAGCAAACCAUGCAAAAGAAAAACGUACCUUUCCAUUCAUUAAAUUCAUUUGGACUAUUUAGAAAUGUUGACGAAUAGAGCAAAAAUAAGGGCAGGCCUUGUAGUUGCAAUGGAUAUUACACAUCUUACAACUAGAAAUUUGAGACAUUAGUAAUUUCUGGUGAAAUGAACAUGUACAGUUUACCUUGUGAAUUUAAAGUGCUGCCUAUCUUUCUUCAUUAGUCUUCAGCUGUCUUUAAAAAUAGUUUUCACCUGUUAUUUCCAUAUUCUUGGUUCGUCUAAUGGUACUUUUGUUUGUUCAGAGUAUUUAGCAUUGAAUGAUAUGUUAUUUAGGGAAUAAUGAAUUGGAAAUGACGUGGAAGGAAAAUGUUGUGACCUAAUUAAAAUAUUGCAAUGACAUUUGUUUAGAUUCACUAAGGAAAACUGAAAAUCUGGGCUGAGAUUGAUUCUGAAACCUACCAAAUAGAAGCAGAAGAGUUAACUGCUUAACCUGUUAUUGAUGAGAAGGUACAUGUGUAUAGUUAAAUAUACAAUAGCUUAAUAAUUUUGUGAUUAAGAAUUUAGUUCUUGCUGUGUGUACAGUAUACUGUCCAAAAUUAGUUUUAUAAAGCUGAUAUUAAUAGUUGAAUUGUUAAAGCAAGCGAUGCCUGCUUGUUUAAUUCCCGUACACGUUGAAGGAAAUAAUGCAUAACGUCCUUGCUUGAUGUGAUAUUUGACGUUUAAAUUUUGGCUUUACUUUUUGUCUUCCAUUAGUACAAGUUGGCUAUACUGUAACCUGUCUGCGAGUCCAUGCUACAAGAUUGUGUUAAAGUGUGAUACUUUAAAAAGCUCCUUGCAAACAAUUACAAUAAUACAGAACUACAUACAUGGAUAAAACAGUCUCGUUAAAAUAUUUUCAUAUUUAUGCAUCAGCUAUCUUGGCCCGUUCACAUAUAAUCAGUGAAGCAACUUGUAACUGUCUCUUCUCUGUUCAGGCUUUCUGAUAUUUUUAAUGUGUGUGAAGAGGUUAUCACUUAUGUGAUUGCAUUGCUCUCUGCCACUUAUAUUGCUGGUCUUAGGGAUCUAUCACUGUGUGGACUUGCAAGCAGAUACCAGACGGUUUAUUUCUCUGAAAUGUUAGUAUCUAUGUACAUGGACACACUGUGUUUCUACCCGGAAGACCAACAUCUUCACCUUUGUGAGAACCUCAAAUCUCAUAUAACUUAUAAUGUGGCCAAAUGUCACUGAAAGGCCUGCAAAAACAUGCCUAACAGUGUGUAACAAAAGUGUAAUAAUUCAAACUUUUAUAGUUGGAUGAAACUCAUGUUCCUGUAAUUUCUUUAACAACAGUGUUUAAGUUAAAGAUACAAGCUAACGUAGUUUUAAUAGGUUCAGUAUGAAGUUAAUGUUAUCAUAAAAAAUACAGCAUAUAUGUUUAUACAUUAA